AUGGAAAGCCGCAAAUUUCAGCCAAUAUCUGUCGGGAAAUGCUAUGCACAAACCGCUACUGAUCGGUUUGGCGAUGGCGCUAAAGCCGCCGUUCGUGAUCGCGAACUGGUGACUCUAGGCCUUCAUCCCCAGAGCACCGAAGUGCCCUUUGUUUGGCCUCCGGCUGGUAGCGACUCGGACGACGAGAGGCAUAGCGGAACUUCUAUAUAUCGAUUGAUACCAUCCAUGCAGAAGUUUAGAGGGAACCUGACUGCACUCUCCCAAGUGUACAAUCUUUACUUCUCUGCAUACCAAGGCCGAAUAUUUGUUUACCGACCCCGCACCGCCCCGAGUCAAUCGCUGCCGAGCCAGCCUGAUUUACAACUCAAGCCCAAAGCCAGCGAUGUGGCCCAGCUGGUAGGAGGUGCAGUCGACGUAUCUAGACCACACACGAUUAACCAUAUGAUAAUUGGGUUUCUCGGAGACGAAGAAAUAGUUCUUGCGUGCUACGACGAUGGCGACGUGGUUGCAUACUACACCAAAGACCUUGCGAAACGGAUCUUCACAUGUCGUGGUACAUCUGAUGUGUUGCACAAAUCAGCCCCGGAACAAUUCUUUCAUGAGAAUACUGGCAUAUCAGCUUGGGGCUUGUCUAUACAUCAAAAAUCACGGUUGAUCGCUGUCAGCUCGAAUCAUCACGAGGUAGUUGUCUUCGCCCUCGCCUUGACCCAGAAUCCUCCGAGUCACAGGACAGCCAUCACGCCACAGCCAGCUACACAGACACGUACCCGUAAUUGGCGUAUUGUGAUCCGAUUGCCCCCAGCCGCGGAUAAUAUCCCAAAUAUCUGUUUUAUAGACGACUGUCACGGCAAUGCUCAGCGAGUGGGUGCUGUUGAUAUUAAGGGAAAUCUGUGGCUCGCAGAUAUUUGGCAAGGAAACACAGGUCCAAUUCAGGUUCGACCGUUAUCCGGCUUCCUAAUUAGAAGUGAGGAAUUUUACCCGGCUCUCUCUAGGGGUUGGGGCGUAUUUGCUCUUGACGAAAGGGACUUCUUGAAAGUCAAGACAAAAGAAGAGCUAUUUGGUAUACCCGAAAACCAGACUGAAAAUGUGCCAGUAGGCAACGGCUGUAGCCAACAGCUAGUGAAUAUCAGAAAGGCCCUUUCUGAAAUCCCCGAUAAUCCACACUUAGCCCCGUUUCCUCUGUCAGCGAGGGAGCCGAUCCUCCUCGGCCCCGGUGCAGGCAUGCCGUUGCCUUGGGGCCCAGCCUUAUUUCAGACGGGUUUUGCGAUGCCAGAUGGAACAGGACUAGGCAGCGAUGGAAGCGACGCAGGGGAGGAUGAGCUGGAGGAAGAUACCGAGGAAAGCGAAGGCGAAGGUGACUCGGAAGGCUCAGAAAUCGACAUGGAGGCAGACAUUUUUAUACCUGAUUGGAGCUCAAACCAUACGCAGCAGGUCGACGGCAGUCUUCCAGACAACUUGUAUGGGUGGGAUACGAGAUUGAACCAAGAGGGCUUCAAAGGUCAAGACGCUUCUGGGAACAACGCAAACCCCCACAAUCUCGACAUGACAUACUUCCCUCACAGCAACACGGUGCAUCCAACACCUCGAAGUGCGCUCAAAAUGCUUGCUUUUGUGCGGAGUGGGAAAUCCACUGAGCGUAACCGACAUCCCCUAACGUCGCCGGAUCACCUGGAAGAUCUUGGGAAAAAGCUAUUUCUGUUACGAACUUACGAGAAAGAUAUCGAGCUGCGUUCAUUUGCGUCAAAUACAAGUGAAAACUCACCGCCAGAGUUUGGAGUCAUUUGUCCAGACGCCCUGACAUUUGGACGUUUCCGGAACGUCGGCCUUAGGGGGCAUUUCCAUGCAACAAGUAGGAUGAACAUGAUUGCUAUGGUGCCCGAGCUUUCCCUCAUGGUCAUUGGGUCGCCCAUUGGACGUGUUGUGCUCAUAACACUGACACGAAGAGCUCGCACUGGUGAGCAUGAUCAGGGUAGCUGGGAACACGGAUUUCGAGUAGAGUGGGUGCUACCGACAAAGUCCGAUGAGGACAAACAUCGCAAGGUCAAAAACCUGCGACCUUUGCACGGGAUGGCCUUGGGGCCCGUUCAGGUGGGCGAUGAUGUCGGAGGCAAAGUCGGAGGUGGAGGUCCAGCGAUGCCACGGCGAUAUCGGCUGAUGUUGCACUAUCGAAACCACGAUAUCUUAUCUUAUGAAUUAACGCGCGAGGAGCAAACAGGCAAACUAUGCAUUUUCUGA